UCCUCCUCCCUUUCUGUCUCGGUCUGUCUCUCCCGGCCCGGAAUCCAUUCCGGCCAGGGAGCCGGAGCGGCCAGGCCGCCGUCUGUCCGACCCUCUGGCGGUCCGGCGGUCCGCCCUCGCGUGCGUCCGUCCGCCGGUGCGCCCGCCCGCCUGCCCAGAUGGGGAAAUUGAGGCCAGAAAGACUGAGGCUCACACAUGAGGUCAUCCAAGCUAGGAGCAGAAUGCAAAUCUCCUGCCUUUGAUCCAUGGCUCUGCCCACACAGCCAGCCUGCCUCUUCCCCGGGCACAGCCUGGGCGAGCCGUCUGGCAUGGGUGCUGUUCUUAUCUCCAAUUGACAGGGAGGGAGACUGAGGCACAGGCCCAAGGGCCAAGGGAUGAGGAUGCCGAGGCCCAGAGAGGAGAAGUGACUUGCCCAAGGUCACACAGCAAGGAGGAGGAGCAGGGCUGCUAGUCCAAGACCCCUGACCCCACACCUGGUGUUCGUGCCGAGACCCCAGGCUGCCUCCCAGGGCCUCUGGGACAGCCCCUACCUUCCACUAGCCAGGACUAUGGGCAGCAACAAGAGCAAGCCCAGGGACGCCGGCCAGCGGCGCCGCAGCCUGGAGCCCGCCGAGAACGCCCACGGCGGGGCGGGGGUCUCCUUCCCCUCCUCGCAGACACCCAGCAAGCCAGCCUCCGCCGACGGCCACCGUGGCCCCAGCACGGCCUUCGCCCCCGCGGCUGCCGAGCCCAAGCUGUUCGGGGGCUUCAACUCCUCGGACACGGUCACCUCCCCACAGAGGGCGGGGCCGCUGGCUGGUGGGGUGACCACCUUUGUGGCCCUCUACGACUAUGAGUCACGGACAGAGACGGACCUGUCCUUCAAGAAGGGGGAGCGGCUCCAGAUUGUCAACAACACGAGGAAGGUGGAUGUCAGCCAGACCUGGUUCACAUUCAGAUGGCUGCAAAGAGAGGGAGACUGGUGGCUGGCCCACUCGCUCAGCACAGGACAGACGGGCUACAUCCCCAGCAACUACGUGGCGCCCUCCGACUCCAUCCAGGCUGAGGAGUGGUACUUUGGCAAGAUCACCAGGCGGGAGUCAGAACGGUUGCUGCUCAACACGGAGAACCCACGAGGGACUUUCCUAGUGCGAGAAAGUGAGACCACAAAAGGCGCCUACUGCCUCUCCGUGUCCGACUUCGACAACGCCAAGGGCCUCAAUGUGAAGCACUACAAGAUCCGCAAGCUGGACAGCGGCGGCUUCUACAUCACCUCCCGCACCCAGUUCAGCAGCCUGCAGCAGCUCGUGGCCUACUACUCCAAACACGCUGACGGCCUGUGCCACCGCCUCACCACCGUGUGCCCCACGUCCAAGCCGCAGACGCAGGGCCUGGCCAAGGACGCCUGGGAGAUCCCCCGGGAGUCACUGCGGCUGGAGGUCAAGCUGGGCCAGGGCUGCUUCGGAGAGGUGUGGAUGGGGACCUGGAACGGCACCACAAGGGUGGCCAUCAAGACUCUGAAGCCGGGCACGAUGUCUCCGGAGGCCUUCCUGCAGGAGGCCCAGGUUAUGAAGAAACUGAGGCAUGAGAAGCUGGUGCAGCUGUAUGCAGUGGUGUCCGAGGAGCCUAUCUACAUCGUCACGGAGUACAUGAGCAAGGGGAGUCUGCUGGACUUUCUCAAGGGAGAAACGGGCAAGUACCUGCGACUGCCUCAGCUGGUGGACAUGGCUGCUCAGAUCGCCUCGGGCAUGGCGUAUGUGGAGAGGAUGAACUACGUCCACCGGGACCUCCGUGCGGCCAACAUCCUGGUCGGGGAGAACCUGGUGUGCAAAGUGGCUGACUUUGGGCUGGCUCGGCUCAUCGAGGACAAUGAGUACACAGCCCGGCAAGGUGCCAAAUUCCCCAUCAAGUGGACGGCCCCAGAAGCUGCCCUCUACGGCCGAUUCACCAUCAAGUCGGACGUGUGGUCCUUUGGGAUCCUGCUGACGGAACUCACGACGAAGGGCCGGGUACCCUACCCUGGGAUGGUGAACCGCGAGGUGCUGGACCAGGUGGAGCGGGGCUACCGGAUGCCCUGCCCGCCUGAGUGUCCCGAGUCCCUGCACGACCUCAUGUGCCAGUGCUGGCGGAAGGAGCCGGAGGAGCGGCCCACCUUUGAGUAUCUGCAGGCCUUCCUGGAGGACUACUUCACAUCCACCGAGCCCCAGUAUCAGCCCGGCGAGAACCUAUAGGGAGCAGGCCCGAGGGCCAGACUGGCUUCUCGGCUUGGAUCCUGGGCUGGGCGGCCCCUUGCGUGGGGUCUUGCCUCCUUCUGCCUGCCCACUGUUGAUCCUCCCUCCGUGGGGUUGAAUUGCCAGUGCCGAGGCCCCUCUCCCUUUUGGGGCAUGGAAGGGCUUGGGGGCCUGAGGCAGCCUUUGAGGGUGGGUUCAAGGCUGGCCCGGUGACUGUGUCUCCCAGCUCCCGCUCCAGCCACACGCCUCCUUCCUGCAUUCCCUCCUUGAGCUCGGUGGGUCUCUGAGUGAGGAACUGGGAUGAAGGGCUGGGGCUGGCGGGUUGGGGGGGCCCUUUCCCCACCUGGACCUGCUCCUCCUCCACCUCCCAUGCCUCCCCAAGUCUGUCUCAAGAGCUGGCCGAAGAGCCUUUCCAAAGAGGAGUGGUGGGCCCCUGGCCCUCAGCCUGCCCGUCCCCCUGCCCCCUGCCACCCAUUUCUGAAACAUUUGUUGGUGGAGGCCUCUGGGUCCAGACCCCUCCACCAUUGACUCCCAGGCUGGGCAACCCAAGCCCUAGCCUGACUUGAUGGUUGUGGGUGGUGUGGGACUCCCUCAAACCCUGCCUUUCUCAGACUUGAUGCACCCUUGGAGAUCUUCAAGUCCUUGUUCCCAUUUUACCCAUGGGGAAACUGAGUCCACAGAGGGGAUGCGAUUUGCCCAAGGCACUGAGCAGUUCAGGAUUGAGACAGGAUUGGAACUUGGUGCUCCCUCUGUCUUCCUCAGGAACCAAUGAGAAUUCUCUUUGGAGGCUUCAUGGACAAACUAGGGCAGCCCAGGGAACAAGGGGUCUGAAGAUGGGUUAGAGAGAGUAAAGAGAAUCUCCUGCCGCUGCUCCUGGCUGCAGAUCUCAGCCAGGCUGUUAUAGGGGAGGGAGUAGAGGUGGGUUUGCGACUGAGCUAGGACUGAGGGGUGGAAGGCACAGCGAGACAGGCUUCAAUCAGAAUGUGUGACCUUCAGAGCUAGCCAGCCAUGAAAGGGAGUGAGCGCUUAGGCUCUGGAGGCAAUCAAGCAGAAGUAGAAAGCCAAGGGACAGGGAGGCCCUGGCUCUGGAAUCAGAGGGGUCCCCAGGGUCUUCCUUUCCCUGGUUUGUCCUAUGGCAUUUCAAGGCCCGGCCCCUGCUCUCCUCCCCAAGUUGGCACCCCUGAACUCAAAAGUAGCGGAAAGGAGUGCCUGGGCUGGAGUAAGAGGAUGAGUGUCUGAUGUCAGGCACUAGAUUGACUGACCUUGGGCGGCCCCUGCCCCUCUCUGGGCUUCAGGGUCUGCCUCCUUGUCACGUGGCCGUGGCCUCCACAACUGCUCAGCUCCUGUCCAAUCCCUGUGGCCUGGAGUGCCAUAGCAAGCCCAGCCCUGGGAGCACCAGGACACCGUGUUUUGACCUAGCUGUGCUGUUCAGUCUUGGGUAUGUGUUGGCCCCUCCCUAGGCCUCAGCGUGCCCAUCUGUGAAAGGGGCAUCUUGCCAAGGGUCCUUGUGUGUGUAUGUGUGUGCCCAUGUGCGUGCCUCCAUGUGUGUCCAUAUUUAAUGUGUAAAAAUGCCCCCGGCUCUGUCCCCCAGACAUGUACAUUUCACUCACAGCCCCAUCAUAGCAAUAACAUUCCCGCCACCAGAAUUUCUCACGGCUGCCAGGGUUUCUUGAGCCAGCAGGCCCUGCCAGUGGAGAAGGAGGCUGAACGGUGCCUGCCUAUGAAAUUUCGACUUUUCCUCUCCUUCAUGUUUAUUACCACAUCUUCUCCCACCCGAGUCAAAUCAGGGCUGGCUCACGCCAGCGUGCUCUCAGACCCCUCUCUGACUGCCCAAGGCCCUUUGUACAAAGUGUCCUAAAACUGUCCCCCCCCCCCUUUUUUUUUUUACAACAGUGUUUUGUAGAUUUCAGAUGACUAUGCAGAGGCCUGGGGAACCCCCGGCUCUGGGCAGGGCCUUGGGGUCCCGCAUUCCACAGCCGAGGCUUGUAGGGAGGGAGGGAUCCAGAAUUGGUUGUAAAUACUUUGCAUAUUGUCUGAUUAAACACCAACAGACCUCAGCGUUUGGCGAAGGGUUUAUUGAGCAUUUAGUGUGUGCAGGAAAGCAGGGGCAUGGGAUGUGAGAAGAGGCUACACCCGGCAGAGGAGCCUUUGUCCUGGCAGCACUGGGGCCUGGAGGGUUUCAGGCAGGAGUGUCACUUGAGCCAUCGGAGACAGCAGUGUGGGAAUGUGGUGCGGCCUGGGGCUCCCGAGAGGUUCCGGAGUCAAAUGCCCUUGGGGAAUGGUGGCUCUCAACACUGGGGACCAGGGUGGGGCUGUUAGGCCUGUGUGGCAGUGCUGAUGUGGUCACCACACUAAUAAGCCUUGAGGCUACAGCUGCGUGUCUGCUGUUUGUGUUUCCUAGGAGUGCUAGGGUACUGGAGUCCAGGAAAGUACUGGACACUCUGGAGAUAAGUCCAAAGAUCCUUCCCCUGCCCUCUCGUCUCCUGACCACUAAAGGACACAACCUGGAAAGUUGAUUUGCAACAGUCUGUAUGAAGAUAAUUUAUUUUACAUCAGAUCACACACCUAUGUUUGGGUUACCUCUGGCCUUAAUAGCAUUGCUUAAUUAACAAAUUAUUUAAUGAAAUUCAAA